UCUGAAGUGAAGAGGCACAAAAUGAAUAGUAAUAUUCCUACCCCAUCGUUAAAAAAUAGCAGCAAAAUUUUUUUGCAAUUUUAGGCAAUAAAAAUACUUUUUAUCGGCUAAUUUUUGGAAAUAAUUAUUACAAAUUCACUUUUUUAUGAGAUUAUUCUAGCCAAAAAAAUGAAAAUACCGCAUGUUUAUAUUCUCAAAAGAAAGGAAAAACAAAGUAUAUUUAAAAAAAUAGUUAGCAGUACAAAAUAUCACCGAGUCAAAAUUGGGUAAUCGAGUAAUUUGUUAUACCAGUAAGAUUGAUCCUCACAGUAGUAUAGCUAGCGAGAGGGCUAAGGCACGUUCAAUAUUUUCAAUAUCUAAUUUUAUUCCCUUUCAAUUCAAUGGUAUUUGAUCUAGAAUGAACCGAGUGCUUACAACCCUCGUUUGUGUACUGUCUCCCCUGUUUACUGUUGUUUUCUUUGUGUGUUUAGCAAGCACCAACGACACGAGGCCAACUACAGUUCAUGAUUUGAAUGGUUUGUUGGCGACAUUAGGCAUCGAUAAAAAAGAAAUUUUGGAACGCGAAAAAUUAUUCAAAAAAUUCCGUGAAAUAAACACAAAAAACAUAACACAUGCUAAAAGAAUAGCAACCACAAGAGCUCCAAAAGAACCGUUGACUGUUUCCGUACUUAGUGAUAGCACCAUUAAAGUUAAAAUAAAGUCCAUCCCUGGUGCGGACAUAUACAAAGUCAAAGUGAAAAACAGCAUUAAGGAGAAGCUGUAUAUAUUUAAAAAUAUCAAUGUGAAAACUGAGGAGAAAACUGUUUUAUUUCGAAACUUGAAAACUGGUUACAAUUACACCUUAUCUAUAUGUCACUUUCAAAACGGAGUCGCUGGACCGUGGUCUGUUCCAACAACAAUUUAUCUACCUGGUGGAAGACCACCUUUAAAAAUAUUCAUCGACAAUGUGACAGACACAGGUGUUAGAAUACAAUGGAAAUCAGCAUACGUCAGCAAAACACAAGAGAAACAAAUUAUUUAUUUUAUACAAGUUAAAGGAUUGGAUACACAUAACAAAAAUACAACAUUAGAAUAUAUAAUCACGCAUCCAAAAGAAGAGGUUUUUACUUCAAAUGCUUUGACGGAAUCUUCAAAUUAUGUCGUGAAAAUUAAAGCAAUGCUGAAGGGCGAAAAUAUUACCGCGAGUUUUAUUGAAAAAACAUUUCAAACAAAAAAAGCACCUCCAGCUGCUCCAGUCAUAAUAAAGAUUAUAUUGAGAAGAAAAAAUGCCCAUUUAAGCUGGACUUCAAUCCAUGGACGAACGGACGUUAAGAAAUAUCAAAUUCUCUGUGAAAGUCUUAAUAACACCGAAAGGGAGAUGUUUGCCGUUAAUGUUUCCAAAUCACGAGAUCAAAUUUAUAUCAUGAAGUAUUUUACAGAAUGGAAUUGGUACAAAGUAAAAGUUAGAGGAAUAGUAAAUGGCUACAACUUGUCUUAUUCGUACAGUAACUGGUCUGCAUAUUACACCUUUCAAUUCACAGCACCGCUACAACCAAUCACAAGCAUACACCUGCAUGAAAUAUCAUCAGCAUUCGUUAUUAUAAAAUGGCAGUCGAGCAACAGGACAGACAUUUUACGUUAUCAAAUGCGUUUACGUAGUCAUAGUAUGAACAAAAUGAUAAAAAUAAAUAAACAUAUAAGCAAUUUCAAACUUCAUAGACUAACUCCAAAUACAAGUUAUGAAUAUCAGAUUCAGAUGGUAGCAAAAUAUGGUAGAAAAACUUUGUGGUCGCCUAUAAAAAGAUUUUACACAGAUUCCAAUCACCUAGUACCAGCUCCCUCUAUAGUAACAGUUACUUACACCGACAUCAAAGACGUAACAGUAGUCUGGAAACGAGUUAGCAAUUAUUUCAAACAUUACGAGUUAUGUAUAUCUUCCGCAGAUACAAAAAUAGAACAAUAUUUCACAUCAAAUACUUUUUACAAAUUGGAUUUUUUAAAACACGAUAUAACAUACCACGCAAAAGUGAGAGGUAUUAUUGUCGAAAGAAAUCUUUCCCGUGUGUAUGGGAAGUGGUCAAAUGUGAAAAUAUUUUCACUAAAAACCUUAAAUCAGAAAAUGACGUCAGUAACAUGGCAGAUGACAGCUUCGUAUUAUUUAACCUUUUUAAUGCUAUUUUUAUUAAUUUAUUGUUAAUACUGUUUUUUAACCAUAGUAAUUUAUUUUAAAAAAUACACAAAGUGCU